AUGGUUCAGAGGCUUACCUACCGCCGGCGCCAUAGCUACGCUACCAAGUCCAACCAACAUCGGGUUGUCAAAACCCCCGGUGGAAAACUUGUUUAUCAGACUACUAAGAAGAGAGCUAGUGGACCAAAAUGCCCUGUUACUGGAAAGAGGAUUCAAGGGAUUCCACAUUUAAGGCCCACAGAGUACAAAAGAUCAAGGUUAUCUAGAAACAGGAGGACUGUGAACCGUGCUUAUGGUGGAGUUUUAUCUGGAGGUGCUGUUAGAGAAAGAAUUAUUCGAGCUUUCUUAGUUGAGGAGCAAAAGAUUGUCAAGAAGGUCUUGAAGAUCCAAAAGACAAAGGAAAAACAAGCUUUGAAGGCUUGA